AUGCAAGCGAUCCAAGCGCCUACGGAGGCGCAUCCCUCCCAAGCGGCAGCGCCUCGUCCAAAGCCUUCUCUGGCAUCUAUUGCCAUUGCCUCUUUUGCUACUACUGUAUUUCGCUCCCAGCCUAAACCCGUACCUGUACCACCCGCACCACCCGCGCCCGCUGUACCUGCACCCACACCUACGCCUGAGCCUGCAUUGGCAGCAGCACCAGCACCGGCACCGGCACCCACACCUACACCUCCCAUUGUUCCCGCUGCAGUCCAGUCGCCGGUGCGACGAAAGCCCCUGCCUGUCAAUUCACCUGUAGUCGGCCGUUUCUCUGCAGAUCAGUCCAAUCGCCCGUCCAACACCCCAUCACAUAAACAUAACAUUUCCGCCCCGGUACAUAAACCAACAUCUCGCCUCGUGGAAACCGCCCCGCUGUCAUCGCCGACUAACUACGAGUCGUUCCUUCCCCGAAACCUUGACGACAACCCUCACGGAAAGACGCCUCCCGUGGAAUCUACGCCGCAGCUAGCGUUUCCAGCACGCAAGAGCUCCCUUAGCAUCGCCAAGAGGGUCCCCGUCCCCAUCAUCCUGCCAUCAGCCUCGAGGCAUGACCGCACGGUCAGCAGCGGCCACACGCAUCGCAAGAGCCGAACCGAGGAACUGAGGGCUUUUGGAAGCAGAGGGGUGCACGCUCGAUCUCCUACUAUGCCCAACAUGCCGCUGUAUACUGCCGACUCACGACCGCCAGAACUGAAGCUCAAGCUGGAAGAGGUUACCGAAGACUACGCUAGUGUGUACUCGUACGAAGACGACGCGCAGGGGAGUCAGACGAACAAGAAGUCGCCGUCAGGAGGCUUCACUUCCUUCUUUGGCUGGAACUCCAAACCCCAAACCGGCGCUGAGUCGCCGGCUACAACAUUCUCUUUGUCACCAGACUCCCCGCGCAACAAACAAUCGAAUGUGUCUGCCAAGACCAAACCGAACGGCCUGGACAUCCCAGCCGCCAACUCCCUAUCGUCCUAUUUCAACGUCCCAGGGACGCCACUUUUGUCGCAUUCCCCACAGAUGAAUGCCCACGUCGAGGAACUGGAGCGCGAGCUGCGCGAAGUCAGCUCAGAGCUCGCUGCUUCUAUUCAAAGAGAAAUGGAACUUGAAGAUGAGGUCGAACGGUGGAAGGCAGAGAGCUCUACAGGGAUGGCGGACAAUCGCCGUACGAGCGAUUACUACUCCGACUCUGGAACCAGCUCUGUCCGCUUUCCUAUCAGUGACCCUGAGAGCAAACUCGAAGAGGUGGAGACGCUCCGACGAAAGGCGGAACAAGAACGCGCCUCGCUCAAGGUGCGCAUGGCUGAACGGCUGCAGGAGGAGUUGAGGCGGCGUAGAGAUCUAGAGGAGCAAGUACAUCAGCUUGAAGACCAGGUUAGCGAGAGAUCUCGCGCAGGAUCCGUUGUAGAGUCACCGCGAAUCAAAGAGCUCUCCAUGUCACUAGAGGAUGCCAAGAGACGGUUGGCUGAAGAAAGACAGGUCAAAGAGAAUUUCGAAGAUCUGUUGACGGCGUUGCGAGAAGAACUCGAGAAGCAUCGUAACGAAGCCGAUAACCUGCGGGAUGAAGUCGUGCCCCAACUCAAGGCGCGGCUUGAAGUCCUGGAAACCGAGGCCGCGGAUACGGAGAAGCUCGUGUACGAGACUACGCGCAUGCAACAAGAGAUUCAACAACUUCGGAUAGAGAAUCAAACGCUUGCCAAUACGCGUCGCAGGUCACAACAAGACCUAUCGUUGCAGCAAGUACGCUUUCAGUCCAUUGCCGAGGACAACGAUAGCGUACCACCACUAAACAUGCGUGUUGGUUUGACACGCUCCAAUUCUUUGGCGCGAAGCACGGGGUUGAACUCGAAAAGGGGUUCGCUAUCACGGUCGAAUUCGGUCAAGGACAGGUCCGGCGAACAGUCUCCACGAGAUGGUCCGGCUGCGGGCAAUCCUGUAAAGGAGCUGGAAGAGCAGAGGGAUGCGCUUCACAAGGCAUUGAAGAAUCUGCUGACCCGUCAAGAAUUGCAACAAAAGGAGUUCCGGAGACGUAUCAAAGAGCUAGAAGCUGAACGAGAUGCAGCUCUGAAUCUGACACCCAGAAGAACCGCAUUUCACAAGGAAGUCACGAGUCUGCGAGCCGAGGUGGACGCCCUGCGUCGCCGUGCAGACGAUGCAUUGGAGCAAAAGUUCCAUUGCGAGAAAGGCCUGAGCGGAUUGCGAAUGGACUUGGACCGUGCACAGCAAGAAACCGGCUCUCUUCGUGAUCUGUUACGGGAACACGACAUCACAAUCCCCGAGAUAAGACUGGAGAACGAGCCACUCGCCUUGGACAAGGCGUAUAAUGAACUCCGUACUACACAUGCUUUGUCUUUGGUACGCGUCAAGCAGUUGGAGACGAGCGAUUCUGAAUCGCUCGGUGCGGCUGGUGCGGAAGCAGAGCGAACCUUGGACCUCCUUAAACAAAGCAUCUCGGAUGCUGAGGCUGAGCGAGAUUUUGCUCAGAAAGAAGCCGAGCAAUACCGUAACCAGGCACGUUCUCUGCAACAAUCCGAGCUAGAUCACUUGGGCAGGGAGCAAAGUCUUAGCAGGGAAUUGUUUGCCGCGGCCACGCGAAUGGAUGAGCUAUCCAACCGGAUCCAAGAACAGCUCAAGGCCAAUGGCUCCCUUCGUGAUCGUCUCACGCUGGCCAUUACCCGUGGCGAGCAGGAACAACAGAAGUCUACGGAGCAGAUCAUUGAGCUCGAGAGACGUCUCAAAAUGGCCGAAGACAAGGUCAUGCUUGCUCAACAGUCAUCAGAGGACGCUGUCGCCCGACACGAAGGCGAAGUACAAGCUAUCAAGGAAAGCCAUACCAGCCACCUGCGCCGUGUCAAGUCAGGUCUACUCAGCCCGUCCGCUUUCUCGCCAAAGAUGCCGACAUCUCCAGUCUUUGCUCAGCGAUCGCCGCGUCUCGAAGUCACGACUAGCGGGCCUGCCAUGACAUUCGCCGAAGCCACCAAGACGGAAUUACUCGAGAAGCGUGUCGAAGAGCUGGAGAAGGCGCUUCGUGACGCCGACCACGAGAUGGAGGAGGUUGUCGGGCGUAUGAAUGCUGCUCAGAUGGAGGUUGCGGAGCUGCAAUUCGAGAGGGACGAGGCAAUGCGACAGACAAGACGACUUCAAGCCGACAUUGUCGCUGAACGCGAAAAGGUCAAGGCUCUCAUGGCCAACGGGGCAUAA